ACACACACACACACACACACACACGUGCUUGGAGAGCACGCGGCCCUGCUCACUACAUGAACUGCGGUGUGCGGCCCAGUACGGACUGUGCGGACUGUGCGGACUGCACGGCAGAGAGCCACAUGAGUCGAGCAAGUCAUCGACGACACGAUGAGACGACGAAGACGACAGCCCAGUUGCCCUACGGCCAUUGAUUUUCGCUCUCAAUCACCGGGCACCCGAUCGAUUGGCUGAAAGCCACCCGUUGUCUUAUCGACAAGCAACCGAGGCUCCCGGAGCGGGCACCAUGCCCUAUCCGCGAUGGCUUCACUAACAGGACUGGCCCAGAGAGCGUCGGGAUGCUUCGUAAGACAAGAGGCUCAUCCGGGCGGUCAUGCUCGUCGACACAGUCUCUGCUCAGGUUUCACCAUUCACAGAUGCUCUCCGUAGGGGUACGCUUACUAGGGGAAGAAGGCAAGGUGAGGAGGAGAAAAAAAAGAAAAGAAAGAGAGAAGAAAUCGAUUAUUCAGACGAUGAGAGGAACAACGCGGCGUCGGACGAAUCAGAACGCUUACAAAGUGUGACUCCUCAGCCGGACGGCGCACACGGAGAUCGGUCAAGCCAGCCAGAGCAUCCAAACGGGCCCCUUGCUUGCUGGUGGAGUUUGGAUCCAAAAAUGAAAUUGCCUUGGGCCGCAAGAUAUGAGGCGAGACCUCGAAACCCGACAAUAAUGGACGAAGAGACACAGAGAGAGCGAGUGAGAGGACAGAGAGCGUAAACCGCCCAGUGUUUGUCCCUGCGAGCGAACGGCCAAAAAGCACAGCCUCAUGCAAGGACCUUUUGCGACGGGACCAUCCUUGAAGCAGCGUCAGGCUGCGGUGACGGAAAACCGGUUUCGCUGGACUUUCUUUCUCUGUCAUUUCUUCUGGAUCCCUUCUGCGCGCGUGCCGUUGGGUGCAUGGCAUGGCCCCGAAAGGGCAGAGAGCAUUGAAGCUUCAUUUGGAGCCUUCCAAGGGCGUUCCCGGUCCCGCUUCCGUGCAGGGAAACGGUCGAGGCGCUUUCCGACGUCGUCGUCUGCGCCGCGGCAUCGAUAGAUUCCUUUGCGCAUCUUCAUUUCCUCCCACACGGCCAAAGACGCUUGGAUUGCCCAGCAAAGAAGACAAAAGGCACGUCAUUGCCCCGUGCCCUCAGUUCAUUGCCCAUGCUCCAGCUCUUUGCUUUCCGUCGUUCGUCAUGGUGAUCGCUCUCUGUCUCCGUCUCUCGAAGCCUACAGGUCCAAAACAAAGGGAUGGCUGGGCUGAGCACGGACAUAUAAAAACCAGCGUUAUAGCCCAGCAACAGCAUCAUUAUCAGGCUACUGCUAUCGCCCUAAACGAGUCGUGCCCUUCAGAGAGAAAGAAAGGCAAAAAAAAAAAGGUUACAGUAUUCCUCUCCUGUGGCCCCACACCCAGAACAGUCACUUUCCAGUCGCCCGGGACCGAUUGUUUCUGGAUCUGUUGGUUGCAAAAGGGAGAUGACGCGACGUCUCAUGUCACCGCCAUUCUCGUCCCGCGCGUGAGUCCUCGUUCCCGUGAACUCGGGACGACGACCUUGUGUCUUCUGGGAAAAGACAAAUCGAUCAAAGGCAACCUCUUGCAAGCCCUUUUCGAUCGUCCAGAAGUACGUCAGCUCGUCCCCUGAUGUUCCCGCUGAGAUCUGGGAGGAACCUUGCUACGACGGUCCCCAGUUCUCGCCUUGAGUUUACUUCCUUUUUUCCUUUGACUCUUUUCUUUUCCCCCCGUCCCUCUCGCCCUCUCCACCCCUUCCUCCCCUCUCCUUGUAAGCUAGGGCGGCGCUCGGCCAAUGACUCGAAAAUUCCAAAAUCAGGCCCCGUACCUUCUUCAUCCUCCCGCCCCUUUUCGGGGUUCUAAACUGUGCUGCCUAGCCGGACCCGUUCGUCACUCCGCCCAAGUCUUGUUAUAGCCUCGCGUACUAUACGUCUUGUUUACGUCCGGCUAAAUUGCGAUCUUCGCGACUCUCGGCGAACACGAGCGCCCCGUCCUGAGGGAGGUCGCGACGGACGUCCUUUUGCGACUGCAAAUUGGGUGUAAUGGAUGGAGCAGGUCGGCGAGCGCGUCCAUGCGACUUCAUGCGCGCGCGCGCGGGGCGAAACGGAAGAGAAAAGGCGGCUUCGAGGGACGCCAAGAUUGCAUGAUGCAACGGAAAAGAAGGCGGUGACGUUUGCUCUUGAUGCCCGAGAAAACAGACCGUACGUCAUGCUCACCGUCUCGAGCAUUGGAAGACGUGACUACCAAAGCUGGGUGAACGUUGAAUGCGCGAAACAAAGAAGCGUGAUUUGUAGAUUGGACAAUUCUCCCUGUAUGCUCGUAGAUGCCGUCGAAUGGCAGUUACAUCGACAAUGAACUUUGUUUUUAC